CAAAAUAAGGGAGUUUCAAACCUUCCUGAACAUUUCUUUCUGACUUCACCAACCCCAGUUGAACCUUCUCCAAGUUUCAGCUUCAAUGUUGCAGAAAACGGUUGUUGCACUCCUAGAAAUCUAAGACCUGCUUUUUGGAGAAGUCAGAAACUAAAAAGUUGUCACCUUGACAUGGAAGAAGAAGGAGACGUGGCAGACAAGAAAAAGACAAAGAACGAGGUGGUUCUACGAAUUUCAGACACUGAAGAAGCCAUUAAUACAAAGGAGCAAAGGGUUUCCAGAAGCUUCCCAGUAGCUGAAAACAGUUCCCUUUCUCCUCAGCAUAAUACUCAGAUAGGUAAAGGGUUUACAGAUUCUCAUGGUGAAAUCACAGAGUGCAAUGGUCAAGUAUCCGCAGAGUUGGUGACAACUACAAAGAGGUUGAUGGGUCGGUCGGAGUUUUCAAAACCAAAGUCCAGAAUGGUGGAACCAACGUGUCCAAAAGAUGCAAACUUUGUCGAAGAAAAGGCUCAAAAGACAAGUUCACCUGCAAGGAAUUCUCCUAACAAGAAAGUUCCUGACGCUACUGUUGUCACCCCAAGAAGCCCCUUCCUUGGGACACCAGGGGAAGAAGAAGAUGAUGACGAAGAAGUGUACAAGACUGCAAAUGUUGAAGUGAGCAAGAGAUCUGGUAAGAAGUGGAGAGUUGUAGAGUUGUUUGCUUUUGCUUGCAUCGUGGGGUUUUUUGUUGCAUGCUUGACUGUGAAUGAAUUGAAAAAAAGGUUGAUUUGGGGAUUGGAACUGUGGAAAUGGUGUGUAUUGGCUUUGGUUGUCCUCUGUGGUAGACUGGUCACUGAGUGGUUUAUCAAUAUUUUGGUUUUCUUGAUUGAGAGGAACUUUUUGUUUAAGAAGAAGGUUUUGUAUUUUGUCUAUGGUGUGAAGAAGAGUGUUCAGGGCUUUAUAUGGCUAAGUUUGGUUCUUCUGACAUGGGGACUGCUUUUCAACCAUGGAGUGGAGAGAACCAGAAAGGUUACUAAGAUUCUUAAUUACAUUACUAGGGCCCUUGCUUCUUGUCUUCUUGGAGCAGCUAUAUGGUUGGUCAAAACAUUGUUGAUAAAACUUUUAGCUUCAAAAUUUCAAUCUACUAGAUUUUUUGACAGGGUGCAAGAAUCAAUCUUUCAUCAAUACAUUCUCAAGACUCUUUCAGGUCCUCCCUUGAGGGAGGUGGCUGAAAAUGUAGGUUGGAUUUCAAAUAGUCAGCAACUCAGUUUUAAGACCAUGAAUAAUGAGAAUGAAGGGGAGAAAGAACAAGUCAUUGAUGUAGACAAGCUCAAGAAAAUGAAACCAGAAAAAGUUUCUGCUUGGACUAUGAAAGGUUUGAUUAAUGUGAUAAAGAGUUCUGGGUUGUCUACCAUCUCCUAUGCACCAGACGAAGAUGAGAAUGACCAGAAAGAUAAUGAAAUUAAUAGCGAGUGGGAAGCAAAGGCAGCUGCAUACAGAAUUUUCGGGAACGUAGCCAAGCCAGGACACAUUUAUAUUGAUAAGGAUGACCUCUUGCGAUUCAUGAAAAAUGAAGAAGUGGAAAACUUGCUUCCACUAUUUGAAGGUGCAGUUGAGACUAGAAGAAUUAAGAGGAAGUCUCUCAAGAACUGGCUGGUAAAAGUCUACUUUGAACGCCGGUCGCUCGUACAUUCACUAAAUGAUACCAACACAGCUGUUGAUGACUUGAAUAUGCUUGCUUCUUUCCUUGUGCUUAUUGUGAUCCUUAUUGUGUGGCUUCUUAUAAUGGGCUUCUUGACAACUGAAGUUCUUGUCUUUAUUUCAUCCCAGCUUUUACUUGUGGUUUUCAUGUUUGGCAACACAGCUAAGACUGUAUUUGAAGCCAUUAUAUUUGUUUUUGUGAUGCACCCUUUUGAUGUUGGUGAUCGUUGUGUUAUUGAUGGAAGUGUCAGUCCCUGA